AUGCCCCAGUCAGCCCCGUCCACCAAGAAGGCAGCGCGCGCAGAGGAUGAACGUGCUGUAGUGCCGUACAAUGGCCCGCCGCCGCCGAGGCCCGUCUACGAUGGGGGAGGGGAUGCCCCUACCGGGCUGUCCUCACCAUGGCAUGCCUGCCCCAGGUCACCAGUGAGCGACGCCGCCCACAUUACGUCGAUGCCACCGCCGCACACUACUGCAGGGGGCACCCAGCUGUCGCCCUACCCACUUGGUGCUGAUAGGGGCUGCUCGCCUCACCCGUUCGCGGCCUGCCAUAUGUCGCCAGUGAAGCGACGCCACCCACCUGACGUCGAUGCCGCCCCCGCAUGCUGCUGCGGGGGCCACCCAGCUGCCGUCACGCCCACCAGGCACGGGUCGCCGGCGAGCGAAGCCGCAUACCUGGCGUCGGCGCCACCCCCGCACUUUGCUGCAGGGCCCACGCAGCUGCCAUCUCACCCACCUGGUGCGGAUGGGGGAAGCCCGCCUCACCCGUUCGCGGCCUGCCCCAUGUUGCCGGCCUCGCAGCUGCCAUCUCACCCAUCUGGUGUGUGUGGGGGCGGCCCGCCUCACCUGUUCGCGGCCUUCCUCAGGUCACCAGCGAGCGAUGCCGCCCACCUGGCGAUGGCGCCGCCCCCGCACGCUACUGCAGGGGCCACCCAGGGGUGUCGGCCCAGACUGAACCGAGUGGGGCCUGAGGCUGUUGUGCUGAUCCACAUCCCGGUGGAGCUGAACGGCUAG